AUUAGUGUUUGUGGGGGUGUGUCAGUGUUUUCAUGCUUUUAUGGUCAACCUUGGGUGGUGGGUAUCUGUCAUUUGGAGCUGCUGCACCAAUGUGAGCUUCCUGUCUCCUCCCCAGCUCUUAUGACACACAGAUGAUUAUCCGGCAGACAGCAUAACACCGCUCCUUUGCUCAGACUAACACACAUCGCUCUGGAUUACACAGCAAGCUGUUGGACAUCAGACCAUCGACCAUCAGUAUUUAUGGGGGUGGGCAGCCAGAAGGCGGAGGCACCACACAUCCUGCACACUUGGCAUCUGUCCUGGCUGCUAAAAUCGACUUCUGCAUGCGAAUGCACAAGCCAUUUCUGCUGAAAAUUCAAAAAGGACCUUUCUCAGCAAUCUCCCUUUUCAGAUUGGACAGUGCGAAACCAUCGCUUCCUUCCUCCUCCUCCUUCUGUACCCUCCUCUUCUGAAUGGCCAACGCGUCCACGGUGGUGUACAUAAUCCUGGAAGUCCUGCUGGCUGCAGCCUGCUGCCUGGGCAAUGCGCUCGUGGUGUGGGGUGUGAAGCUCAACAACUCGCUGCGGCAGCCCACCUUCUGCUUUGUGGUGUCGCUCGCAGUUGCCGACUUCCUGGUGGGUGCUGUAGCUAUACCGCUGGCGGUGCUCCUGGAGAACGGCCUAAACCUGUCCUUUAACGGCUGUCUGUUUAUCUGCUGUGUGGUGGUGGUUCUUACCCAGAGUUCUGUGCUGUCCCUGCUGGCCAUCGCCGUGGAUCGUUACCUGCGGGUGCGCAUGGCGCUCAGGUACAAACGGAUUGCCACACAAUCACGUUCCUGGGUUGCAGUGACUGUGUCCUGGAUCAUUGCAUGCAUACUGGGCUUGGUGCCCCUGUUCGGCUGGAAUGCCUAUCACAAAAACGAAGCAAACAACAGCAACAUUGAAUGCAAAUUUCCUAAAGUUAUGUCAAUGAAUUUCAUGGUCUACUUCAACUUCUUUGGGUGCAUCCUGGUUCCCCUGCUACUGAUGGUUCUCAUCUAUCUCCUGGUCUUCCACAACAUCAGGAAGCAUUUGAGGGACAGGGAGUCUCAGCCUUUCUACCUCAGGGAACAGAGAUUGGCCACAUCAUUAGCCCUGGUGCUCACACUCUUUGCUGUCUGCUGGUUACCCCUGCACAUCAUAAAUUGCACUGACUUCUUUUCGGGUCCUGAAACGACCCCACAGAUUCUCCUUUACGCUGGCAUCCUCUUGUCGCAUGCCAACUCGGCUGUCAACCCCAUUAUCUAUGCCUUCCGAAUCCAAAAACUCCGUAAGGCUUAUUUGCUGGUGUGGAGGAACAUCACCCUCUGCCAGAGGGAGGAGGUCUCCCACAGUGAUGUCACACUGGACCAGGUUGAUGGCAGCAACCCCAACAGCACCAGCCUGUCCGACAGGAGCAAAAGUCUGCAGCUCCUUCAGGCACCGGUCGGCCUCAAUAAACAUUUACAAAACUGACUUCUGGACCAAACUUUGAUUCGAAUUUGUGAAAUGUUGCACUCUUCUACCUCCGGUUGUUUACUUGUCUCACUCACAAGGCGUGCAAAACAUGCUGAUUCUUGUCUUUGGCCCCAGUGUGCUGAAACAAACUCUCUCUUUCUCUCAGAACUGCUGAAUUUCUCAUGGACUUCAACAAGGAUCUGAGAACUCAUCUCUUUUAUGUGCUCAUUUCUCUAAAUCUUCUA